AUGGAGCCAGCCUCGUGGUCCAAGGCAACGCCAACCUCGCCUCCUCGUUUGAUAAGGGCCAGUACAGACCAUCCCUCGCCGCCAUCGUCCACAGGCGCUGCAUCGAGUGCGCAGCAAGUAAUCAUGUCGUCUUCAGCAGGGGAGUUUGAAGAAGAAUCCGCAGCAGCAGCGACGAGCUCAUCAUCCGCCCGAAAAGGUCGUGGCAGCCGAGCUCGUGCCCGCUCCGUCUCAUCCAAUGCUAUACCCGUCUCGCAGCUGGCUAGAUCCGCCCUCACACCUCUGCGUGUAGAGCUGCAGGAUGGGCUGGAACGCGGUCCAGGCACUCCGGACUUUACGCUCCCAUCCAGCACGCCUCAAUGGCGCAGGGCGGAUCUGGAGCGCGAUCGAACCAUGUCUAGCCUUGGGCAGGGUCUACAGUUCAUCUCGGAAGCAGAGAGGUCGGCGGGACCGUCGUUGUCGAGCACUACAGCAACGCGGCCGCGCUCAGCAAGCGAUGUUUCGCAUUCAUCAGACUCAUCAGACUCGCUCAAGAAAAAGUCGGCGCCGUUCACCGCAUUCAGCAGGCCGCGACUCUCGACCUUGCGUUCCUUCUUGUCCUCCUUGUCGGUCCACAACUCUGCCGCGAGCACACCUCAGACCGAAGGCGAUGACACCAACGAAGUCUCGGUCUCGCGGAUUCACCAGCUUCCGAUGCGCCCGCAGCCGCUCGUGAUGCCAUCGGCUAGGCCUGCUGCUCCCCAUGGUAUAGGUUUGAAUCAAGACAGUCCACCGCUCACGCCCACAAGUGACCCCGACGAGCAGAGCGAAUAUCAGCAGUACGUCAACGCCUUUCGUCAGCCAUUCGUGCCCAAACAGACCAUCAGGCAGCACGGCCCUCCCAAGCAUCAGUGGAGUGCCGCGCAAGCUGCGGCCGAUGCUGCUCAGGUGAACAUGGAUGAACGCAAUCGAAUCACCCCACCUGGCUUGUCGGAAUGGCCGUUUACGCCGCCUCUCACCACAUCCAACGUCACCUCGCCCGUGGCGAGCUCGAGGGCCUAUUCCCCGCCGACACGGCCCGACUCGACCCUCACGUCCGCUAGCGUGUUCCAGGGCAUCCUUCCCUCGCAUCUUGUCUCUGGUGCCGCUCCUGCCAGCCGCUCGACCACACCCACUUCAUCCACAGUCACCUCCGCCUCGGACCGUACGGCGCUGCGCACGAACAACUUGUUCGACGUUGACACGUACCGCAUCGAGAGCGUUGGAAAGACGUUGCUCGCACUGCUGCCUCGCAUCCAGAUCAGCCUCAGCUCGUGGCGACUCUCGAUGCCCAACUUGCGACCGUUCCUUCCGCGCCUCGUGUUUCUCUUCGCCAUCUUCGCCGCUUCCACGUGCUGCAUCGUGUUCAUGCUGUCGACGCUGCCGUUGACGCUACCCAAGCACAUCACGAGCUUGACGCUGGCGGAGAUCAAGGAGAUCGCCAUGAGCUUGAAGCUGUACUCGCAGAGCAGCAGCAAGGCGUUUGUGCACACGCUCGUGGUGUUGGGCACGUUUUUCACGUGGAAGCAGUCAUUUACGGUGCCAGGCAGUUUGAUCAUGAAUGUGGUCUUUGGCGCGAUGUACGGGACAUAUUCGGGCACGCUGUACACAUCUGUGUUGACGGCGGUGGGCGGAGUGUUCUGCUAUUUGUUGUCUGCGCCGCUGGCACCGUUGAUUACCUCGUUGCCGGGGCUGGCGAAGCCGUUGGAUGCGAUGCGGCGCGCACUGUCGCCGGGUCGGGCACGAGCUUCGGGUCGCAGUGUGGUGAUAUCGAGCGUCAACGGCGCAUCGAACGGGAAUGUGUGGACGUAUCUGCUGGUGCUCCGCGUGCUGCCCAUUGUGCCGUAUGGCCUGAUGAACAUCGCCUGCGGUGUUUUGGGGGUUCCGCUCGCGCCUUAUGCGGGGACAUUGGCUGUCGGAUCUAUCCCGUGGAACUUUGUCACCUGCCAAGUGGGCGAUCUGCUGCAAGAGAUCGUCGAAGCUCUGCCCGUCGACGACGACAUUACGGUCUCCGGGCUGAAGGACAAAGCCAAGAGCAGCGCAGGUGGCGGGAUGCGCGCCAUCGCCAAUCGCAUCUGGAACCGCGAGAUGGUCGUCAAGCUGAUCUUGCUCAGCUUGGCCAGCUUGCUGCCCAUGCUACUGAGCCGGUACUUGAAGAGGAGGCAGCGCCAGCAGGCUGAAGCUGAAGGCUACCAGGCGGUGCAUGGCAGAGAUGCUGAAGAAGAUGAGGUGGACGACGAAGAGUCGGAUCGGCCAGGAUCGAGGCGUACUUCGACGUUGUUUUCGGGUGGAGGAAUGGCGAAGAGGCUGCCUGUUGAGACGGUGGAGUUGGACAGCAUGACGCGGGGGAGUGUGGCGGAUGGGAGCGGGCGUAGGAACAGCAGCAUUAGGAGCGCUUGGUUGUAA